AUGCAGAAAUAUAAAUCAAUUAAGACUUGGGAAAGAAUCAACAAGAUCAAGACACCCCAUCCCAAAUACGAAUAUGAUAAUUAUAAAGAAAUCGAUCAAAAAUUCAAGCAAUUCGAAGACAAUGGCGAUCCUGAAAUUAGCAGUCCCACAUCUCUAUUUGGAACGAUCCUUAUAUAAACGGCAGUCCAAGGAUUAUAAAUGACUAACCUGUUGCAACAUUAGAGUUAACCAUUAAAUCGAAUGAGUUAGAGGUUCUUAUUUCUCCUUACUCUCUUUUAGCAUUUUGAAGGCAUUUGA